GGGAGUUACGGCCUCUUAUGGAUACAUCCGAGAUUUCCGAUUAGUAUUUACGUUAGCAACGAAAUUUAGCAACACACAAUUGCUACAAAAUGUCGAAGGGAACUACAAUAAAAGAUGCCAUCGUCAAAUUUGAGGAGAAAGAAAAUUGUAAGGGAUCAGAUGCCUGCCAUGUCAGUCUGAUUGCACAAUACCCACCGAUAGAGAAGAUGGAUGCCUCACUGUCAACUCUGUCAAAAUGCGAUUACAUGUAUUUCUAUGUAUAGAAGGAAGCUGUCACUUUCAACAAACUGUAUAGAAAAAAUUGCAAAUCUUAAUGGACUUAAAAACCUAAAGAUUUUGUCAUUGGGAAGAAACAACAUAAAAUCGCUCACAGGACUGGAAGCGGUUGGCGAUACUUUACAAGAACUGUGGAUUUCCUACAAUAGAAUAGAAAAAUUGAAAGGUGUCAAUGUUCUUAAAAAGUUGAAGGUACUGUACAUGUCAAACAAUGAGGUGAAAGAUAUGAAUGAACUGGUCAAACUUGAUGAUUUGCCAUGCUUAGAGGAGUUGGUGUUUGUAGGUAACCCACUGGAAGUAGCUAUGGAUGCUGCUGAAUACCGGCCAAAACUGAUGGAAAAAUUGAAAAAAAUCAAGAAAUUAGAUGGUGAAGUUUUGGUCAGGGAGGAGCAAGAGGACAACUAAUGCCAGAGAUUUAUAAUUUACAACACACGUUUUCAUGACAUCAGCAUGCUGUAACCAGCAAUCGUAUUUACAUGUAUUAAAACAGUAGAAUGAGUGAUACACUGUUUUAUUUUAAAUAGCUGAUACACCAUUUUUCAUAGCUGUGGAUAAGAAGGUUCCAUAUUCAACAAGGAAGGUGUAUGACAUGAUGGAUGUUAAGUUUCAAAGCAAUAAUCUUUAAUUUAGUAAAAAGGACAGUUGACUUUUACUAAAUUAGAUUAUUGCUAUGUUUCAUAAAAAUGCUUUGAAACUUAGUUUGAAAUGAUAGGUUAUAUAUUCUAUAAAAACAUUAUGAAAAUUAGUUGCUUUUACCAAUUUUUCCAUUCAAAAUUGGAAGGCAUUUGUCUCGGUACCGAAGGUAUACUGCUUUAUAAAAGUGGUAGUUAAGAACAAACUCCUCCUUAGUGUUUUGGUGAAGAUGGUAGGACAGUUUUUUUGCCAAGUCAACCUUGGUUAGAUUCCUGAUUCAUAUGUUAAUUUUUCCUUGAUUUAGCAUUUUUAGCUCACCUGUCACGUAGUGACAGGGUGAGCUUUUGUGAUCGCCCUUUGUCCGUCGUCCAUCCACAAUUUCUUGUCUGCACGAUAGUGGUUUCAUUUAUGACUUUAUUUUAACCAAACUUGAACACAACUUAGAUCUCGGUUCCUUUCUUGAACUGGCCAGAUCCCAUUAUUGGUUCCAGAGUUAUGGCCCCUGAAAGGCCCAAAAUUAGUUAUUUUGACCUUGUCUGCACAAUAGCAGCUUUAUUUAUGAUUUAAUAUUUACCAAACUUGCACACAACUUGUAUCACCAUAAGAUCUUGGUUCCUUUCUUGAACUGGCCAGAUCCAUUAUGGGUUCCAGAGUUAUGGCCCCUGAAAGGGCCAAAAUUAGCUAUUUUGACUUUGUCUGCACAAUAGCAGCUUCAUUUAUGAUUUGAUUUUAACCAAACUUGCACACAACUUGUAUCACCAUAAGAUCUCGAUUCCUUUUUAUACGCCCUAAGAGACGUAUUAUGUUAUCGCCUCGGUGUCCAUCUGUCUGUCUGUUGGUUAGCAAUUUCCCUUCCGCUCUGUAACUCUUGAACCCCUUGAAGGAUUUCAAAGAAACCUGACACAAAUAUUCACCUCAUCAAAACGAUGUGCAGAGCGCAUGUUUCAGAUGGCUCACUUCAAGGUCAAUGUCACACUUAGGGGUCAAAGGUCAUAUGACUUUGUUUUGUGUGUAUAUUGCUCUGCAUUUGCAUUGCAUUGCAGUGCUCUUGUUUUUAUUUGGCAGAUCCUUCUUUUGUUCACUUACAAUAAUUUUUCUUAAUUACUUCCCUUUUAUGUUACUAUAAAUAGCUUAUGUGGUUACUUUUUUAUUAUUGGCCUUAGGGAAAAACUGAGACCACUUUCCUGUGGUACAACAUGGAUGGUACCUCCAAUUUUUAGGUGUAUUUUGACAUAUCUGUACCUUUAAGAAAAUUUCAACUAUAUUUUCUCAUGAUUCUUUUGAUUGAUCUUGAUUAUGAUUUUUUGACCUUCUUGUCCUUAAGUGCAAUGAUAACAGGUGAGCGAUAUAGGGCCAUUAUGGCCCUCUUGUUUAAGAUAGUUAUGAAACAAAAUCUCAAGUUUCAGUGUUGGUUACCAGUAUGUGAUCGAAGUUCAAUUUUAAAGAAAGAUAAUUUUUAGCAGAACUCUGGAGCUAAGUCCCUUUAAUCUAAAAUUUGGUACUUCCUUGCCUUAUUUUGAUUCAGUGUUGAUGCAUUUUAUAGAAACUGUUAUUUUCACUUUUCUCUUUGCUCUCAUUUUGUUCCUUUAUUUAUUUUUACAAUUUUCUCAGCUUAGUUUUUUUUUACAGUAAUGAUAUAUUAUGCAGAACUUGUUAAAAAAUAGAGGUUAUUGGUUUAUUGUAUUUUUUUUUACAGUCAGACCUGUGUUAAAGACCACGUCUGAACAGAGACAACCUAGCUCUAAAGACCACAUGUUUUGUUUCCCAUUUUAACAUUUACAGUGUACUUUUACCUGUGAAUAAAGACCACCUCCCAAUAAAGACCACAUUUUGGCUCUUCUAAGGGUGGCCUUUAUAGACAGGUUUGACUGUACUUUAAAAAAUGCAAUAUUAUAUCAAAGUGUCAAUUGUCUAUCUAAAACGCCUUUAAUUAACAGAUGAUAUUGCCUUUAACAUGUAAAUGUAGCCUUAUUGGACAAUGGUUUCCACGUUUAUGUUACAACUUUAAGUAUGAAUAUUACAUAAACAUGAAAACACACAGUAAUAACAAAGACACAAUUCUAAAGCAUACUUGACAAAUCUUUCUAUCUAUAUUAAAAAAACAACUAUAUAAUAUAACUUUCCUAACCAUUAUAGUAGCUGUAAAGCUUUUUAUUUUGUUUGAAUGUUUGAAAACAUUGAGGUUUAGUUAAGUUUGAUAUUUUCAAAGGUAACUGUUAUCUGUUAUAAAAUAACUUUGAUGUAGGAAGCAUUUGAAAUUGGAUUAAUAAUGAUAGUUAUUUUUAUUAUUGUAAAUUCAAAAGUAAGGACAAAAACAUGUUUUAAAAUAUAUCUGUGCAUAUAUUUUACCGACUCAUAAAUGUAUAUUUGAUGUCAAUACUGUUAUGCUUAUUCAAGCAUUUGAGAAACUGUAACACAUUUUCUGUAUAUAUGAUGUAUCAGUAUUAAAAAAAAUCAGAAAUUUGU